UUUUUUGACCUUGGAUGCAUGUAAAUCUAUUCUAUGCGACCUUUAAAACAAAAUUAGACAUGUUUCCCAACCCAUAAAAGCCGCGCUUUAAAUGUGCAGAACCGGAAGUGACGUCUACUACAGCCCGGAGCGGGUGGUUCAAUUUUUAAAGUAACAUGGCGAUAUGUGUGUAGCUCUCGGCGAAGUGUUAAAUGAAGUUAGUUACAGCAUGGUAGGUUUAAUUAAACCUAUUCACAAUUAUUUAUUUGUUAAUAUUAGCACAAUGGUAUUUAAUAUACCAAUGUCAUAUUAUUAAUGCAACUCGCGCGGUUAUUAAAGUAGCUAACUGGAUAGUUAUGGCUAAGCUAAGCUAAGCUAAGCUAGCUGCAUUCGCAGUUAAAGCUGUCUGAACAUUUACAGCAGUAAAGAUAUCUGUGUAGCUACAGUGACGAGGUUCUGCACAUAGACACUUUUACGAACACGAAGACUAACCAUAAUUCUUAAAAACGGAUCCAUAUGUAUUAUAAAUGUAUAAAAUGAAUGGCUAGUUAUCUAGCUAACAGGAAACGCUGCACAGCCCAGCAGUGCCAUGGGAACGUCUCACCAUGGAGUUGUCAGUGGUUAUUUCAAGCAGGUGAUGAGCCGGUCAUGGCCGAUGGAGAGCUGAGUUUGAUCGAUAAAAACAUUUCAAGUUUAUUAGAGGUUCCACUGAAGACCUCUAUCACGUCUUUAAACCUGCACUGUAAUCGACUGUCAAAGAUCGAAGGGUUGACAACAGCAUGGCACAUACGACAUCUGGACCUUUCGUCAAAUCACAUCACUCGUAUCGAGGGCCUUGGUGCGCUUUCUCAAUUGCGUACCUUAAACCUGUCUUGCAACAGCAUCACUAAGGUGGAAGGUCUUAAUGGACUUGUAAACCUUACAAGGCUUAACUUGGCUUAUAAUCAAAUAAACGACCUCACUGGUCUCUUAUAUCUGCAUGGGACUGAAUACAAAUUGAAACACCUCCAGAUUCAUAGCAAUCGACUGGACAGCAUGAACCAUCUGCUGCAAUGCAUGGUGGGUUUGCACAACCUGAGAGAUCUCACUCUCAGUAUGGAUGAUGCCGCUAAUCCUGUCUGCCAUCUACCAGGCUACAGGGAGAUGGUGCUGCAGCCCUUGCAACAGAUCUCUACUCUGGAUGGAGAAGAUAGGUCGGGAAAACCCACUCCGUCACGGGAUGAGAGCCCAAUGGACAUCCCAGGCCUGGAGGACUUUCUGGAGUUUCUAAUUUCAACAGACACUAGUGUCGACGUCGAGCCGGUCCAGUCAGACGCUCCUCUCCCCACUCCCCGGAUUGACGAGGUUCUGACACAGUUUCGGCAUCGCAGUAGAGUUUUAAACCCACCUGCUGAGUCAUCAGCGCAGGAGUGCUCAAUUAGAGACGAUUCAGCCAAAGGCAACCAGAUAAAUGAGCUCCGUAUUAAAAAGUUGGAGCAGCAGGUGUCCCAACUCUUCCAGAAGGCUCCGGUGGCUGAUGGCCCUAAUGCGAGCUCUGCAUUGCAGUCCGUGGUACGCAAAGCAAAAAGGGACACGGAUCUCACAUCAGAGAGUGAAUAUGACAGUGCAAAAGAGAAUCUGCAGCACUCAAGAGUCCGCCGACCCAAAAUCGCAACAGAGAAGAAGCUGGUAAAAGGCAAACGCUCUGACAGUGAAGCAAGCACACAAAAGCACAGGAGUUUAAAGCUCACUGCUGGCGCUGGGCAGAAGGCAGCAGUCCAAACUGUGAGGCUGACAGAAACAGCAAAGAAAGGCCUCAGAGCACGCCAGGCCACUCCAGACAAAAACUCCAGUGACACACAACAGGAGACCUACAGGGUGAUAGUGGAGGAGCGGGAUCAGGAGCGGGAACGGCGCUGGAAGGCAGAGCAUGCUGUGAAGAAGCUUACAGAGCAGGUGAAGGGGCUGGAAACACGGGCCACAGAGGAGAAAGAACUCCAGAGCCUGGCCUUGCACACAACCGAUAGGCUGAAGGAGUUAUUGCUGAAGGAGCGCUCUGAGCGGACGGCACUGCAGACUCGAGUGGAGGAGCUGGAGGAACGAUGUGCAAAUGCAGCACAACAGCUGGAGCAGCAGCGCAGCCAUGAGGCACAAUACAAGGGUGCACUGCACAGUUUGCAGGAGAGCGUCUCUCAACAAGAGGCCCUCAGGGCCAGUCAGCAGGUGGAGGAGAUGAAGAGAAAGCAGGAGCUGGAGAACAAAUGCGCUGUUCUAAAGAGAGAGGUGGAAAUACUCAGAGCAUCUGUGCGGCAGCAUAAAGAUAAGCUACAGCACCUACAAGAACUGCUGACCUCCAGAGAGGAAGCGCACAGGAAGGAGCUGGCUUCACGGCUCAUUCCAGGUGGCGCCGAGUUUCGUGAAGCUGUGGAGAAGGAAGUGAGGGCUGUGGAGCAGAGACACACUCUGAGACACCGUGAGAUGGAACAGAAACUGGUCGAAGCCCGGCACCAAUAUGCCACCCUGGAGGAUGAGUUCCGCAUGGCUCUCACCAUCGAAGCCAAUCGCUUCUCUGAGGUGAAAGAGGGCUUUGAGCAGGUGUCUGCCGAGCUUGCCGAGGUGAAGAUAGCUUUGACUGCGUCUCAGCAGAGAGGGAAGCAGUCAGACUCUCUGGUGCAGGAGCUCACAGCUAUGGUGAAGGAGCAGAAAACACGCAUAGCCGAUCUCAUCAAAGCCAAACGCGAUGCUGUAACAGAAUUAAAGGCACGAGUACGGACUCUAGAGGCAGGAGCAGAGGAGGACAGGCGUCUAAAUGUGCAACUGGAACUUCUGAAGAAGGACAAAUCCAAGCUGAUCUCGCAGCUCACUGCACAGGAGACUGUUAUAGAAGGACUCCGAGCGGAGAGAAGGCUCUGGGGACAGGAGCUCGCCCAGCAAGGAGCGUCUCUUGCUCAGGAUCGAGGUCGCUUGGAGGCCAAAAUUGAGGUCCUGACUACUGAGCUGGAGUCCCAGAAGAAACAGAAUCAGAGAGACAACGACUCACUAAAGAUCAAAACGAAGAUAGUGGAUGAUCAAACCGAGACAAUCCGGAAGCUAAAAGAGGCAGUGCAGGAAAGGGAUGAGCAGCUACGUGCUCUGCGUGAGGAGAACCUGCAGGUUCAGAGAAAGUUCCAGAAGGAAAUGGAGGGUGAGAUGGCCUCAGCAACAGAGCUCCGAGAUGCCAUGGACAGACUCCGCCUCAGAAAAGAUGAGCUCAAGCAACAGCUCCUUGACAAGGAGGCAGAGAUGGAGGAGCUCAAAGACGCCUACAGUGCCUCGAGUCGUAAAUGGCAGGAUAAAGCGGACUUGCUGACCAAACUGGAGUGCCAGGUGAAGCGUAUGAAGGAGGGAUUCGAUGCUAAAGAGAAAGCAUUACUGGAAGAGAGGGAUAAAACCACUCGAGCACACAAGGCAGCGGUCGAAAAACUUCACUGUGUGGACGACGCUUUCCGUAGACAGCUGGAGUCCUUGCAGGCUUCUCAUCAGGCUGAGUUGCUCCGAUUGGCUAAUGACAAACAGAAACAAAUAGAACAGGCCAAUCAGAGGGUACACCAGGUGGAGGAUGAGAUGAGGCAGCUGCUGGAGGAAACCGAGAGCAACAAAAUGGCAAUGGAGGAGAAAAUGAGACGCCUCACCAAUGUGCUUAAAGACUUCUAACCACAUAGUUCUGUUUUUAAAAUAACAUCAUAAAAUAUAUAUAUAUAAGGACCCCCUCUUGUGUGUUUGAUAUCUGAGGUUCACUCUGUUUGAAAAAGGGUACUAAGCGGUACUUUUCCUCGGCAUUGGGGUGUACUCACGAGAACAGCUUUUUUACCUUUGUGUAUCUUUAUAGCUUUGCUCUAAAAACUCAUUCUUAUCUAUUUAUAUACAAGCCCAAUUUCAAAAAAGUUGGGACGCUGUGUAAAAUGUAAAUAAAAACAGAAUGUAAUGAUUUGCAAAUCUCUUAAACCCGUAUGUUAUUCACAAUAGAACAUAGAAAACAUUCCAUAGGCACUAAUGCACCCCAUACAAUCAGAGAUGCAGGCUUUUGAACUGAGCACUGAUAAAAAGCCAGAUGGUCCCUCUCCUCUUUAGUCUAGAGGGCGCGGCGUUCGUAGUUUCCAAAAAGAAUUUCAAAUUUUGAUUGGUCUGACCACAGAACAGUUUUCCACUUUGGCUCAGUCCAUUUUAAAUGAGCUUUGGCCCAGAGAAGACUGCGGCGUUUCUGAAUCAGGUUCACAUACGGCUUCUUCUUUGCGUGAUAGAGCUUUAACCAGCGUUUGUGGAUGGCAUGGUGAACUGUGUUCAUAGACAAUGAGUUCUGGAGGUGUUUCUGAGCCCAUGCAAUGAUUUCCAUUACAGAAUCAUGCCUGUUUUUAAGGCCGUGCCGCCUGAGAGCCCGAAGAUCACAAGGCAUGCAAUAUUGAUUUUCACCCUUGCCCCUUGCGCACAGAGAUUUCUCCAGAUUUUCGGGAUCUUUUGAUGAUAUUAUGUACUGUAGAUGAUGAGAUAUUCAUAGUCGUCACAAUUUUGCAUUGAACAUUAUUCUGAAAUCGUUCCACAAGUUGUAGAUGCAGUUUUUCACAGAUUGGUGAACCUCUGCCCAACUUUACUUCAGAAAGACCCUGCCUCUCUAAGAUACUCUUUUUAUACCCAAUCAUCUUACUGACCUGUUCCCAAUUAACCUCCAGCUGUUUCUUUUUACUAACACUUACUUUUCCAGACUUUUGUUGCCCCCAUCCCAACUGAUUUAGACAUGCUGUGGCCAUGAAAUUCAAAAUGACCUUAUUUAUUUCUUAAAACGGUGCAUUUCCUCAGUUGAAACAUUUGAUAUGUUUUCUAUGUUCUGGUGUGAAUAACAUAUGGGUUUAUAAUAUUUGCAAAUCAUUGCAUUCUGUAUUUAUUUACAUGUCACACAGCGUCCCAACUAUUUUGGAACUGGGGUUGUACAUCAAAUCAUUUUAAAGGUACACUAUAUUCAUGUUUCCAUAUUAAAUGCUCCAAAGAUUCACCCUUGAUUGAGGGUACCACCCGAGCCACAA